AUGGAGUAUUACUCAUCAUUAGAUGCGUCUCAAUUAGAUUCCGAAACCCCGACACUUUUUGAGCUACUUUCUGCGAAUCAAUUGGAGGAAUUGCUUUCACCUUCAUUAAGGUAUAUCUUAGUACAUUACACCACCAAAUACCCUUACUAUUUGCUUAAGAUCACUAAUCGAUUUGAUGAGCUCAAUUUGGUGUUAAGAGGCUUCGUGGAAUGGUAUUUUCUCAAGUACUGGCAAGGGACCUUCACCGAGAACUUUUACGGGUUGAAACGUGUGAACAGAACCAUAUUAAAUGAUGGCAGAUACGAUAGCAGUAGAUUGACUCAACUUGUGCCAUCAUUAGUGGAAGAACGAAGACAGUUGACUAAAUUCCAGAUAGCUAUCUCUGUAUUUGAAAUCACCGGUACUGCUUACAUUCUGGAGAAGUUAAAUUAUUGGUAUGAGAUCUUAUACCCGAAAUAUAUCACCAACCAGUUAGUUCCUAAGGACCCCAACAACAAAAAAGAUGUAUUUUAUACGUUUUUAAAGCGGAAAUUCGUUGAGGUGUUCCCCACAUUACAGAGUAUCAUCAAGGGCGCCAAUUUGAUUACGUUAUUAAUGUAUUUGAGUGGUAAGAGUAAAUCACCAUCAAUUUGGACCACAUUAUUUGGCAUCAACUUUUCAAGAUUGAACUCUUAUGAUCAUUCCAGAUACGAAAAGAGUAAUGAGCUUGGUAAGAGCCGCAAUGGACCGAAGUCAAAUAACAGAGUAAGACCAGAAUCAACGUUAGAAUUAAUAUUAAGAUUAACAGACAAGACGUUAUUCAGUCCCUUAUGGAAAACCGUUCGGUUCAUCCUAGGGACGUUCUUCCCUGUUGCUAUCUUCUCGUUAAAGUUCUUGGAAUGGUGGAACAACUCUGAUUUUGCCACCAAGUUAUCUAAGAAUCUGGGGAACUCAUUAUCAACAGUCUUACCACCUCCAAGUUCCCUCAGUAAACGUGGAGACCACCUUUUGGAGAAGAAGAGGGUGUAUAAACCUGGGAAGUUGUGUCCCUUAUGUCACGAGGAGAUCUCCAAUCAUGCCAUAAUAGAAACAGGAUAUGUUUUCUGUUACACGUGUAUAUACAAUUAUCUCCAGAACUCACACAAGAUUGUGCUGAAGAGGAGCAGGAGCAGAGACGUCAAUGAUAAUGAUGACAAUGAUGAUGUCAUUGAAGAAGACGAAGAAGAAGACGAAGACGAAGAGAACGAAAAACAAGAGUCUGAUUCCAUUGCAUAUGAUAUUAGCAAAGGGGGGAGAUGUCCUGUUACAGGAAGGAAGCUACUUGGAUGUAAAUGGAAUGAAGUUAAGCAAGAAUGGGACAUUGAUGGUUUAAGAAGGUUAAUGUUUUAG